AGUGUCCAGGUAAACAUCAGGUCAACGUCAAGCGUGCUUGUUACUGAGAGAGCGAAGUGGAUGAGGAAUGAAAAGGGCUUGAGGAGCCAGUUGCUUCAACUGCAACAGACAGUCGACAGGUACAAAAUGGAAUUGAAAACGCUACACGAGGAUGCCCUAGUGGCGGAUGUUUCUUACAUCAAGGAAAGGGCGGAAGAAAAGGAACGUGCAGCUCAUUUCUUGAUUGAUCAAAUCCAGAACUUCAGAAAGAAGAGGCCAAGCUGGUGUGAGGAGACAACCCGACGUUGUGUAGCAUUAAGGCAUCUCUCGGCAAGGGCAUAUGAACACAUUCGCGGUGAAAUGCUUCUGAAGCUUCCUUGCAGGAAGACGUUAAGCAACUAUUUCGGAACAACUAGUGGAGAAACAGGCUUCAGCAAACUUGCCGAAGAUCGCCUUAGAGUAGAAGCUGAGAGCUUGAGUGUACCGCAGUCGAGAGUGUGCUCACUCAUUGUCGAUGAAAUGAAGAUCAAGGAAAAGCUGCAGUACAACAAACAACAGGACUGCUUUGGGGGGCACGCCGACGUCUCUUUGGAACAGCAGGGUGGUGACCUCACCUUAGCGAACUCUCUUCUCUGCUUCCUAAUCACUGGACUCUCGACAUCGUAUCGCAUUCUAGUGGCCUACUAUUUUACCAAAGGGUUAGCAGGCCCACAGCUUCACAAGUUGUUGAUUUUUGUGCUUGACAAAGUAGAGGCCUGUGGUUUCAGGGUAGUUCGUUUAGUAAGUUAUAACCACAAAGUGAAUGUCAGUGCCAUGAAACUUCUUGGAGAUGGUCUUCUUACGUACAGGAUAACACAUCCCUGCGACUCUAACAGGCUCCUCUUUCUAAGUUUCGAUCCCUGCCAUGUUUUAAAGAAUGUUCGCUCGCAGUUUUUGGCACGAGACUUUGGUCCGAAAGGAGAGGUCUCGUCCUGCUACAUCAAGAAGCUCUACGAACUACAGAAGGACCUGGUUGUAAAGCCUGUCCGUUACCUCAGCCGCAAACAUGUUUACCCGAAUAAUAUAGAAAAAAUGAAUGUCGCACGGGCAAUUCAGGUUCUGUCGCCUGAUGUUACUGCGGCCCUGGAGCAUCUCAGGAACCAAGCUGGGCACACAUCAAGUUUCUCAUUCGCGGAUGCAGGCCUGACCAUCAUUUUCAUGCAGAACAUGUACCGCUGGUUCGUGCUGCAUGACACGAGUAAUACAACCCAGCACAUCCACAAAAGAUGGCCCGACACUCGGCAAUUCGACGAUGCCGAAGAUGCUAGACUGGAGUGGCUUGAGGCAACGCUGCCCAUGUACUUGGACAAACUGAAGAAAAGCUGCGGAGGUAAAAAGGAAUUUUUUACGAAAGAAACGUACGAAGCAUUGCUUCUGACCACGUAUUGCACAGUUGCCUGCAUUAAGUACUUGCUCACAGAGGAGAAGUUCCUGUUUGUCCUCACUCGCAAGUUUAACAGUGACCCGAUCGAGUUACUGUUUGGCACAUUGCGAAUGUCCGCCGGUUGCAAUGACACACUGAAUGUUCGUUCUGUUUUGUCAGGCCUGGAGAAGAUUCUGAAAACUGGAAUUGCAGCAUCCAGUGUGUCAUCAAAUGUUACUCACCGUGAACGUGCACAAAUGUCGACAGGUACCCUGCACACUGAAUCUUCUCCUUCGCCAGCACAGCAGCUUCCUCAGCUACAGAGAGCUGCAUGUGUUUUGCAACGGCUCAACACGACAGUCUUGCCGCAGAAGUUGCCUACACUUGAAAUUUUGGCAACUGCUUACGUUGGGGGCUAUAUUGCCCGUGUAAUAAACGAGCACAUGCGUUGUGAAAGUUGCACUUCAGUCUGCACGAAGCCUGCAAGCAAUAAACAAAUCUUGCAGUUGACACGCAGCCAGGACCGCGGUGGGCUGCUUUACCCGUCAGACCAGUUGCUGUUCGCCGUUGAUGUGCUAAGGACAUUUACUGAUCGUGCCCUGAAGGAUAACCCUACUCUGCAGAAGCCAUUGUCAACACUGGUGAAGUAUGCUGUGCCAGCCCUGUGUGCUUCAAACCUGCUCAAGUGCAAAGACAGUGAUGCCAUUCACAGAGUUAAGCUCAUGGAGCUGAUAUCUGUUCGGUUUUUGAGGCCACUGCUAGUGAACUAUGCAUUCAACGUCAGUGACAAGCAUGAUGCCUUCAAAUACUUUUCAAAAAAGCCUAUGUCCAGGAAAUAUGUGAAGCUGUAAGUGCUUAGCGGCUACUGAAAGUACAGGUGCUUAUAAAUAAAUUUUUUUUCAUGAAA